CGAACCCGGAAGCUGUCCGCAAUCGGCCGAGAGCAGAGCGCUGUUCAUUCAAGACCGCUGCCGCUGAAAAGCCAGUUAUUCGUGGAGAGAAUCCGUUUAUAUCGGGCGCUAAUACCUGUAGAUAGAUUAACGGAGAGUGAGCAUGGCUGGUCGGCUGCCGGCUUGUGUUGUCGACUGUGGCACAGGGUACACAAAGCUUGGUUAUGCAGGGAACACAGAACCACAGUUCAUCAUACCCUCAUGUAUCGCAAUCAAAGAAUCCGCCAAGGUCGGGGACCAGGCUCAGCGCCGGAUGAUGAAAGGCGUCGAUGACCUGGACUUCUUCAUCGGGGACGAAGCCAUCGACAAACCAUCAUACGCGACAAAGUGGCCCAUUCGUCACGGGAUAGUGGAAGACUGGGACCUGAUGGAGCGAUUCAUGGAGCAGAUCAUCUUCAAGUAUCUGCGGGCAGAACCUGAAGACCAUUACUUCCUUUUGACAGAGCCUCCCCUCAACACACCAGAAAACCGAGAGUACACAGCGGAGAUCAUGUUUGAGUCGUUCAACGUCCCAGGUCUCUACAUCGCUGUUCAGGCUGUCCUGGCGCUGGCUGCCUCCUGGACGUCCAGACAGGUCGGAGAGCGGACACUUACAGGGACAGUGAUUGACAGCGGAGACGGAGUCACACACGUCAUCCCAGUGGCCGAAGGCUACGUCAUCGGCAGCUGCAUCAAGCACAUCCCCAUCGCUGGCCGAGACAUCACCUACUUCAUCCAACAGCUACUGAGGGAACGAGAAGUGGGGAUACCGCCGGAGCAGUCUCUGGAGACAGCUAAGGCUGUCAAGGAGCGAUUCAGCUACGUUUGCCCUGACCUUGUUAAGGAGUUCAGCAAGUACGACACAGACGGCUCCAAGUGGAUCAAACAGUACACGGGCGUCAACGCCAUCAGCAAGAAAGAGUUCUCCAUCGAUGUCGGCUACGAGCGCUUCCUGGGGCCGGAGAUCUUCUUCCAUCCUGAGUUCGCCAACCCAGAUUUCACCCAGCCAAUCUCGGAGGUGGUGGACGAGGUCAUCCAGAACUGUCCCAUCGACGUCAGGCGUCCACUGUACAAGAACAUCGUGCUCUCUGGAGGCUCCACCAUGUUCAGGGACUUUGGCAGGCGCAUGCAGAGGGACCUCAAGAGGACCGUGGACGCGCGGCUGAAAAUGAGCGAGGAGCUGAGCGGCGGCAAGUUGAAGCCCAAGCCCAUUGACGUGCAAGUCGUCACCCAUCACAUGCAGAGAUACGCAGUCUGGUUCGGAGGUUCAAUGCUGGCGUCAACUCCCGAGUUUUACCAAGUGUGCCACACUAAGAAAGACUACGAGGAGAUCGGGCCGAGCAUCUGCCGCCACAACCCCGUGUUCGGAGUCAUGUCCUAGGCCGAUGGGAGACGAACCCGGGAGGAAGCGUCGCGAGACCUCACACGCCGUGGAAGUCCCACGAGCCUUUUGCACGGACGCUCCGACAGGCCUGUUCAUUCGGAAAUCGAGCGACAGUGGACCAAACAAAACUGCCAAAAGUGUGGCGACAUCCUCGCAAAAUUAGAGGAACGAGGUGACUCGGCCCCAAAAGGAUACUCGAAUUUAAAAAAAAAAAAAAAAAAAGUUUACCGCAAGUAGGUUAAUAAUAGGUGAUAAAUCUUUUCAUUUCUGUGUGCCUCGUUUAUGUACUUAUUCUCUCCUCACAGGGUUGUAAUAUGUAAUUAAUCAACAUGAGUCCUGUAUAAAUGCACUUCUGUGUGUAUAAGGGUUUGGGUUCUCGCUAUAUGUUAUAUGAAAGCAGGUCAUGCUUAGAUAGAUCACUUCCACAAACGUCAUUGAAUAAAACCACCUUUUUGAUCAUUAAGUUAUCAAAUGGGUGCAAACAUAAAAACAUACUGUUAUAAAACAAAAAAACAGACCAUUCCUGAUUUUCUUUCUUCUUUGUUUUUUUUUUUGUGGGUGUCUUUCCCUCAGUACCUGGAAGAAAUAUUUAUUUGAAGAUAAAAAAAAAUUAUGAACCUGUUCAAAUAGAUAUUCCCCCCCAGUGUUCACUGAGACAACAUUUCCUCUUUCAGGAUUUUGACUUAAUUGUCACCACUUUUCCUUUGACCUCUUUAUUUGUAUUAAUCACCUCUUCAACAACAAAAGUAAAAAAAAAAAAAAAAAGUUGUGUUAAUAUAUGAACAUGCAGUUUGAAAGACUGUUGGUGGACCGUCACUGUUGCCUAGAUCUCAGUUCUACUGGAUAGCCUUGUACUGUACCAAAAUCUGGAUUUCAAUGCUGGCAUUCCAAUAAAUGCCAAGGCGAUAUUUC